UUUUUCCUCCGGCAGGCCCCUGUGUUCCUGCUGUUUCUGGACUGCGUUUGGCAGCUGUGGGCGCAGUAUCCCGCACGCUUCCAGCUUACUGAAGACUACCUGCUGGCGCUGCAUGACAGCGUGCACCUUCCACUCUUCAGCAGCUUCCUGGCCAACAGUCAGAGGGAGAGAUGCCGUCGUUCACAGCAUCUUCCCCAGAGCUACACCCCAGUAAACGGCCUAAGGGAAUUGCCCAUGGGUGCCCCGGAGGAGCCGGUAGACCCACCUUUCCCCCCGGUGUGGGACUGGGCCCUGCAGUACAGCAGCCAGAGACGAGCCCGCUUCACCCAACCCGUGUCACAGCCCGCCUGUCCUCCACCCGUCCUCAACGGAAACCUCAACACCAACCUGGACCGCAGCUGGCACAAUGACGGAGUGCCAGGUUCUGUGUUCCUGCUGUCCCGUAGCACAUUCUCCCAUCCCUCCAAUCUGCUCCCCUGGAGGAGCGGCAACUCCGGCUCUUACUGGAAGAGCCACCGCAGGGCUCCUUCCUCUGAGAGUCUGUCUGGACUCGAACGUCUCAUCAGAGCCUGUUCGCUGUCUGAACCCUCGGAGAACAGCACAACCCUCCACGAUCCAUACGAGCCCCUGCUGCCCCUGCUCUUAGGGCCCUGUGUCAGAGUAUGGAGGGGCUGUUAUUUACGGGGCGCGCUACAUGCUCAGGCUUUCUCACAUCCCAUGUCUUCCUGCAGUCAGCAUCCUUUAGAGCAGCUUUCCUGGGAAGUACAGCAGCUCCGAGAGAAACUGGCUCAGGCUUCUAACAGACGCCCCGAAAACCAGACUAAACGACAGGAGCCACGCCGACUGGAAUCCAACCUCAACCAGAAUGCCAACAAUGGGACCUUCCUCUUCUCCUCUUCCUCUAGAACGUCUCAACAACAGCCGUCACCAAGCCGAGGUGCGGCCCACCCCUCCGUCCCCCCCAGAGCACAGCGGGCAGCAUCCGAUCCGCCCAGGCCUGCACAGAGGAAUAACGGCAAGCACACGUUUCUAUUCGGCCACCAGCAAGAGCCGCAAUCAGGACAGCGUUACAAUUCCUCCUCCAGUGCCAAACUUCCCAAACGCCCAGGAAACACACACUGAUCUGUAGGGAGGAAGGAAACGGCACCCUCUGGUGUUUGUGUUCCUAAAGCGAUAUACUACGGUACAAACAGAAACUCCACUAGAAACAUGAAAUUUAUUUACACUACCAUUCAAAAGUCUGGAAGAUUUAUUCAUGUUUUUGAAAGUCUCUUGUACUCACCAAGGCUGCAUUUAUUUGAUUAAAAAGACAGUAAUAUUGUGAAAUAAUAAUACAAAACU